UUUGCCAUUAAUUUAUUGCUUACAUAAUAACACAACUCAUAUCCACACUUACCAGAGCUAUGGGCCCCAGAAUUUUCUCCUUUAUUUCGAUUCCGUCUAUCAAUGGCCAGCCGUUUACAAGACAUCCAAAACGUGCGACGAAAGACAUAAAAUUUUGGACAACGAUAACAAUCAAAUAAUCAGUUUAACCAAUUUUACGACUCAAAUCAAGUCGACCCACGCGUCCGGUUGUGGUGAGUAUCGGGAAAAGUAUGACAACAACACAGUGUGGUAUCGCUGCACACAUUACCGCAAGUUUCACUCAUAUCGGGAGCGCUGGUGGUUCAUCGCACUCGACAAUUGCCGCUCAACUCAGGGAUUGCGUUUGAGGUAUAAGAUAACAAUGACCAACAAUGUCAACGAUGGAUGGCUCAGGCAUUUCUCGGCCGAUGAGUUUUGUAAGUA